CAGAACCACUCUGUGAAGCAUAAAAGAGAAGUGCCACGGCCUGUGACCACCGAGGACCUUUUUAUGAGUUGAAUUAAACCAUAUUUGCCUAUUGUUACAAGCCUAGUGCUAGCACCACUACACUCCUCACACCCGUCAUCCCCACCCCGCGAUGGGCCUAGCUAUAUACCUGGUCAUCUUCCUGCUCUCAAUUGCAGUCCUCUACUACCAGGCCACGAAGAGCAUCCCCAGCCGACUCAACUCCGACCAAGCUCCGAAAUCAAGAUUUGAGCUCGUUCCAGCGUGCGCCAGUGGUUUACCGACGAGGGCGGACGGGAUUGAUAUUAUCUUUGUACACGGCCUAGGGUCCAACCCCGACUCGACAUGGCGGGCGACGAAACAUGCGACGAGACAAGCGACGACGACCGAUAUACCUGAAGAAGCGGCGACGGACAACGAGCAGUUUGUGAACUGGGUCAGCGACUUUCUCCCUAGUGACCUCCUUCCGGCGGUCAGCAGAGAUGUCCGCCUAUUCUUUUACAACUACGAUUCAUACUGGAAGAGGGAUGCGGUGCACACACGGUUGACAAACCUUGGGAAUGAACUGCUUGAGCAUAUCGGAGGGAUCCGGAUGUCCGAAACGGAGCAAAGCCGGAGCUUGAUCUUUGUAGCACAUAGUUUUGGGGGGCUCGUGGUUAAACGGGCACUUGUUCAAGCCCGAGCGAGUCGAGACUUUGGCCACGUCGCGGAGCAUGUUCAAACAAUUAUCUUCCUGGGUACGCCGCAUCGCGGGACCAGUUUCGGCCUAUGGGGUUGGCUUGCGGCAAAGGGCCUCCAGCCUCUCGGGUCGAACCCGUCAAUCCUGGCCGAUUUGGAGUAUGAUUCAUUUUCGCUACACGACUUGCAUAAGGAUUUUAUGGCGGUGGCUCCAGAGGAUUUGCGUGUGUUUAACUUCUUUGAGAAGCGGCCGACAUGUAUUCUUCGGCUAUGGUUCGUUCGGCUAGAGCGACUUUGUGUCCAUGAGCAAUCCGCCACAUAUGAGGGCCGAAAUGUUCAAAACAUUGGGCUAUCGGUCGAUCACUUUGGGCUCAACAAAUUUGCGUCGAAGAACGAAAGCUAUCAGUCAAUACUUUCGAAACUUACCGAAUCAGUGAGAGCCUCCGCUCGGCCAGUGAAGCAUCACUACGCUGUACCGCUCGGGAGGGUAUAUACCUAUACGGAGCGGGUCGGACUGUCGGCGGAACUCGAGCAGAAGUUGCAUAUAAGGCAUGAGAAAGCAAGCGUUCCAUAUGCAGUCUCUGUUUACGGAUUGGGCGGUGUUGGUAAGUCGCAGCUAGCGCUGGACUACGCCGAGAAGCACAAACAUGAUUACAACCCAAUUCUCUGGAUAGACGCGACGGACGAGGAGACAGUACGAUCUAGCUUUAAGAUAUGUGCUGCGGAGCUGGGACUCACAGUGGAGGGCGGCGAAAACCAAGGAUCGAUUAUUACGGAUGCAGGGGUCCGGGCAGUACUUAGAUGGCUUUGCGACCGAAGUGAGGCGGAUGACGAAUGGCUUUUGAUUGUGGAUAAUGCCGACGACGUUAGCUGGGGGAUCCAGAAGGUCAUGCCGAAGGGAAACCGAGGAAGGGUUAUUAUUACCAGCCGAGACGAGCAAAGUAUCAAGUUAGUCGGCGGGACCUGCGAAUCGGUCUGUGUUGGCGACAUGUCGCCACCGGAAGGGAGGGCGCUUCUCCUCCGACAUCUGCAACUCGACGAAGAGCUGGCCCCUGGGGGCAUCAAAGACGACUGUGAUAGGCUGGUGAAAAAGCUGGAAUUCUUAGCACUUGCCAUUGAUAUUGCUGGCGCCUAUAUCGGUAGCCAUUCUCCUUCUGACAAGGCUUUGCAGCGAUACCUCGCGGACUAUGAGAGGCACCGCGACGAGCUCCUCCAGACGGACUUUUUUAAAGGGUUAUUGGCGACGGAGAAGACGGUGUGGACAGUAUGGGACACCACGCUCGAGAAGAUCGCGAUGGAAAAUAAAGGCCUGCAACCUGAUGUAUUGCUGACGUUUCUUGCUCAUUUUAAGGGCGGUAUUAUCCAGGAUGAGAUGUUUCGUCUGGCCAGUCGUGGCAUGGAAAAGGUCAAGGCUAAUAUGGGGGAAAAGGAGAGCGAAGGGAUACCCUUUCAUCUCCAGCAAUUCCUUCCACUCGCCGGAGACAAAUGGGAUGAUUUUCGAUAUCAGCAGGGCUGCCGUCUACUGCUCCGUUAUAGCUUGUUGCAGCGAGUCGACGGGGGGUGGGCUGGCGUGACAAUGCAUGGCCUGGUUCGGUGGCGGGCAAUGCUAAGCCACCGAAGCUGGCCAUGGCGGCAGUGGUAUAUGGUAUUUGUUUUGGCAGCGUGCUGUCAGAACAUCGAGGAGGAAGAGCCUGAGUUCCGUCGACAUCUAGUUGGACACUUGCCAGAUAUUCAUAGGGAUAAUGGCCAGGAACGGGAGUAUUUAUUGAGAUAUUCAAGUUUCAUCGGGGCGACGAUAGGAAGAAUAUAUUACGACGAAGGCCGGUGGGAGGAGGCCGAGAAGCUGUUUGUGCAGGUGAUGGAGACUCGGAAGAUCAAGCUUGGGGCCGAUCAUCCAGAUACGUUAAGGAGUAUGGCCAACUUAGCGUCGACAUACAGGAACCAGGGCCGGUGGGAGGAGGCCGAGAAGCUGGAGGUGCAGGUGAUGGAGACGAGUAAGACCAAGCUUGGGGCCGAUCACCCUAAUACGCUGACAAGCAUGGCCAACUUAGCGUCGACAUUUUGGAACCAGGGCCGGUGGGAGGAGGCCGAGAAGCUGUUUGUGCAGGUGAUGGAGACUCGGAAGAUCAAGCUUGGGGCCGAUCACCCAGAUACGCUGACGAGCAUGGCCAACCUAGCGUUGACAUUUUGGAACCAGGGCCGGUGGGAGGAGGCCGAGAAGCUGUUUGUGCAGGUGAUGGAGACUCGGAAGAUCAAGCUUGGGGCCGAUCACCCAGAUACGCUGACGAGCAUGGCCAACCUAGCGUUGACAUUUUGGAACCAGGGCCGGUGGGAGGAGGCCGAGAAGCUGCAGGUGCAGGUGAUGGAGACGAGCAAGAGCAAGCUUGGGGCCGAUCAUCCAGAUACGCUGACGAGCAUGGCCAACUUAGCGUCGACAUACAGGAACCAGGGCCGGUGGAAGGAGGCCGAGAAGCUGCAGGUGCAGGUGAUGGAGACGAGUAAGACCAAGCUUGGGGCCGAUCACCCUAAUACGCUGACGAGCAUGGCCAACUUAGCGUUGACAUUUUGGAACCAGGGCCGGUGGGAGGAGGCCGAGAAGCUGCAGGUGCAGGUGAUGGAGACGAGUAAGACCAAGCUUGGGGCCGAUCACCCAGAUACGCUAACGAGCAUGGCCAACUUAGCGUCGACAUACAGGAACCAUGGCCGAUGGGAGGAGGCCGAGAAGCUGCAGGUGCAGGCGAUGGAGACGAGUAAGAUCAAGCUUGGGGCCGAUCACCCAGAUACGCUGACGAGCAUGGCCAACUUAGCGUCGACAUACAGGAACCAGGGCCGGUGGGAGGAGGCCGAGAAGCUAGAGGUACAGGUGAUGGAGACGAGUAAGACCAAGCUUGGGGCCGAUCACCCUAAUACGCUGACGAGCAUGGCCAACUUAGCGUUGACAUUUUGGAACCAGGGCCGGUGGGAGGAGGCCGAGAAGCUAGAGGUACAGGUCAUGGAAACUCGGAAGACCAAGCUUGGGGCCGAUCAUCCAGAUACGCUGACAAGCAUGGGCAACUUAGCGUCGACAUACAGCAACCAGAGCCGAUGGGAGGAGGCCGAGACGCUGGAGGUGCAGGUGAUGGAGACUCGGAAGACCAAGCUUGGGGCCGAUCACCCUAAUACGUUGACGAGCAUAGCCAACUUAGCGUCGACAUAUAGGAACCAGGGCCGGUGGGAGGAGGCCGAGAAGCUGGAGGUGCAGGUCAUGGAAACUCGGAAGACCAAGCUUGGGGCCGAUCAUCCAGAUACGCUGACAAGCAUGGGCAACUUAGCGUCGACAUUUUGUAACCAGGGCCGGUGGGAGGAGGCCGAGAAGCUAGAGGUGCAGGUGAUGGAGACGAGUAAGACAAAGCUUGGGGCCGAUCACCCAGAUACGCUGACGAGCAUAGCCAACCUAGCGUUGACAUUUUGGAACCAGGGCCGGUGGGAGGAGGCCGAGAAGCUGCAGGUGCAGGUGAUGGAGACGAGCAAGAUCAAGCUUGGGGCCGAUCACCCAGAUACGCUGACGAGCAUGGCCAACUUAGCGUCGACAUAUAGGAACCAGAGCCGGUGGGAGGAGGCCGAGAAGCUGCAGGUGCAGGUAACGGAGACUCGGAAGACCAAGCUUGGGGCCGAUCACCCUAAUACGCUGAGGAGCAUGGCCAACCUAGCGUUGACAUUUUGGAACCAGGGCCGGUGGGAGGAGGCCGAUAAGCUGGAGGUGCAGGUCAUGGAAACUCGGAAGACUAAGCUUGGAGCCGAUCACCCAGAUACGCUGACGAGCAUGGCUAACCUCGCUUUUACUUGGAAAAGCCAAGGACGACACGCAGACGCUUUAACACUGAUGAAGAACUGUGCUCAAGCUCAGCAGCGAGUGCUUGGCGACGAGCAUCCAUACACACUAAAGUCUCUGGCCACCGUAGCUAAGUGGAGUAGUUAGAAUGGGUUUUUAUUUUAUGUGUCGGUAUAAUCGAAUGCUGCAUCCUAUCUUAUCUUACCUAAUAUGGCUGAGCGUGUUGGCCAGUCCGCGGUGAUAGAAGGUUCUUUUUUUCGCACCGGUGGGCGUUAUGGGCGUUGUGGCUUGAAGCUUUUAGAGGUUCUUUCAGAGUUUUUUCAUCCUCAAUCAAUGUUCAGGUAGUUGCGGAGUCCUCUGAAGUUGAGGAUUCUUUCAGAGGUUCUUACUGGUUUGCCAAAAUGUGACGAUCCCCUGU